UACCGUUUUGCUAGCUCCGACGUUUUACAUAUAUCUUUCCAUCUUUCGUUGCUCUCUCUAGAUCUUAGUUAAGAAACCAUGUUGCUUAAGGCUUCUCCCGCGCUUUCUAUCUUGAACUCCGGUGUCGGAGAUCUCUUUCCACCGUCGAAUGUUCUGUUUCCUUCCACCACGUGCCGUGGAUCUAGGUUGUCUGUUCGGGCGGCGAAAGGAACGAGCACAAAGUCUUUAACCGGAGUUGUGUUCGAGCCUUUUGAGGAAGUGAAGAAAGAUAUGGAUCUGCUCGUUCCCACAACUCCUCUGACUUCUCUGGCCCGCCACAAGUUCUCGGACGAGUCCGAAUCUGCUGUUAACGAACAGAUCAAUGUGGAGUACAAUGUCUCAUACAUCUAUCAUGCCUUGUAUGCCUACUUUGACCGAGAUAAUGUUGGUUUGAAAGGUUUCGCCAAUUUCUUCAAAGAUUCGUCUACUGAAGAACGGGGUCACGCUGAGAAGUUUAUGGAGUACCAGAACAAGCGUGGUGGGAGAGUGAAGCUGCAGUCUAUUCUGAUGCCAUUCUCUGAGUUUGAUCACGAGGAGAAAGGUGAUGCAUUGUAUGCUAUGGAGCUUGCACUAUCUUUGGAGAAACUUACAAAUGAAAAGCUUCUCAAGUUGCAAAGUGUGGGUGUGAAAAACAACGAUGUUCAGCUGGUUGAUUUUGUCGAAUCUGAGUUUCUAGGAGAGCAGGUCGAAGCUAUCAAGAAAAUCUCAGAGUACGUUGCACAGCUAAGAAGGAUUGGAAAGGGUCAUGGGGUGUGGCAUUUUGACCAAAUGCUUCUGGAUGAGCAAGAGCUUCUGCAUGCGGGUUAAGGAAGGAGAGUUUCAUGCAGCUCUUGAUGUUUCUGAUUUGGUGAUAGUGUUUUUUCCUUGUGCUAUACGGCACUGUUCUAUCUUUUUAUAACGAGGUCUUUAUGGAUAAUAUAUUUGUUUUUUUGUUUCUUUCUUCUUAUGUUUUGUUUAAAAGAACGUGUGUUGUUAAAUGUAAGUAGUUGUCUGAGAAUAAAUGUAAAAGUCCGCUGCUUUAA